AUGUUCGUUAAUAGUCAGCUUCUGUCUAAUAAUAUGAAUUGUAUUAUAGCACCCAUAAAUGAAGUUGGAGGAAUCUACUUGGGAAAUAUUGAUGCAGCUUUAAAUCCAGAUAAUUUAAUUAAAUAUUAAAUUGGAGCUGUACUUUCUGUCAUUGAUCACUCUUUAUCAAUCAAAGGAGUUUAAAAAUUAGUAUAUAAUUCAUACUAUAUUUCUAGUGGAUAAUGGCAGAAGACUCUCAUGAUUUUCCCUUACACAAAUAUUAUGAUUAAUCUAUAAAAUUCAUUGAUAUUUAAGCUUUAAGAACAAAUGUGCUCAUUCAUUGUUGUGAUGGUAUUUCUUUAUCUGUAGCUGUUUGUGCAGCCUAUAUGAUGCAAAAAUACUCAUUAAAUCUAAGCUAAACGUUACACCACAUUAAAUAACGUCGAAAAUUAAUUAGUCCUAAUCCAGGCUUUAUCUAAUAACUAAAAGACUAUGAAUAAAGGAUUAAUCAAAAAAUAAGAAGAAAAAACAGUACAAGAAAUAAUAUAGAAACCAAUAAUUAUACACGUAGAGGUUCAGUUGGCUAUGAACAAAAUUCAAGAAAUUCUAAUAAUAUUUAAAGUUCAAUAAUCAACUCAAUUGUAAAUGAUACUAAUUAAAAAGAUAAAUUAAGGGAGUUUAGCUUUAAAUUAAAUAAUUAUUUGCAUUAAUGGAAAAUAAGAGAAAGAGCUCAUUGA